AUGAAUGAAACUUCAUUGAUAUUUUUUCUUCAUCACAGAGAACCGCCUAAAGAGCAAUCUGGAACAUUGGGUUGGUGGAAAGUCAAAUUGAGAACGGUCCUUUACAUUCAUCUGGUCUUCACAAUGAUCCUUCUAAUUCUCAAAGUUGUCGCCACUAUUUGGUCAAGCUCCAUGUCCAUUCGUUCUUUAGUGGGUGACAGUGCCGUCGAUUUGAUUAAUCUUAGCUUACUUUUGGGAGCAUCUUUUAUAGCUAAACGAAACAAGAAUAAGUAUCCUUUAGGUCGGGAAAAUAUUGAGACAUUGGCUAUUUUGACGAUGGCUGUUAUCAUGACAGGCAUGCUAGGCGGAGUCAUCAUCCAAGCAGGGCUUCGAUUAUGGGCAAAAUAUCAAUACUUUUUUUCCCAUGGAGAGGUACCCGAAAAGGCAAAUAUCACUGUAGCAAGUGCUUCAAUUGUGGGAGCAUUGAUUCUGAUUAAGUUGAUUCUUCUUGUGGUAUGUGUAUUCAAUAAAAGUGCACACUCAAAAGCAUUGAAGAAAGAUCAUCAAAGUGAUAUUCUCAUGAAUCUGGGUGCUUUAGGUUUUGGUUAUCUUGGUUCAUUUGGUACUCAUGGGAACUGGACAGAAAAAUUGAUAAUCAUCGAUGAUAUCGGUGCCAUAUGUCUUGCUUCAUACGGUAUCUAUGCUUGGCUUCCACAAAUUCAAGAAAAUGUACGCCGGGCUUGCCAUCGUAUUGUUGAAGAUGAUGAUGUCAAGGCCGAAAUACGAGGAAUAGCUGACGGAAUUUUAAAACGAAUUACAGCUGAAAAUGAAGAGGUUUACCUGGGAGACACUAUUGUAUGUCAUGGUGGUGCUGAUAAACUUAUUAUUAUGCAAAUGAUUACCUUGCCUGAUAGUAUAGAGCAUCAACGCGUUAAAGAGAUUUUUAGCCAACUAAAAAUCGCACUCAUCAAAAAUGAAAAUACCGGACACGUUUUCGUACAUUGGGAAUUGUAA